UAACGUGUAACAAAAGCGAGGGGAUGGACCGAGCUGUGAGCGGCUGCUUGUAAGAGUGUUCAGUCCACAUCGCACCCACUGUGAUUAACCGGAGCACGGUGAGACAGCUUUCAGUUCACACACGCGCUCCAAAUUCACCGCUGAAGUCCAGCCCGGCCGGUAGAGUUCAGCUCGUAUUUCACAGAGUGUCCAGAGACAAGCUCGUGCGCUUUUCGUGUGUGUGUGUGUGUGUGUGUGUUUUCGCCGCUGACUGGGGCGAACCGAGACAGACUGAGACGUAAGGUUUAGCCGAAACUGCAGGGAGAGGAAGCGGCAGACAUGGACGAGCAGCCGCGGAUGAUGCACUCUCACGCCGGGGUGGGGAUGGCAGGGCACCCCGGCCUGCCUCAGCACAUGCAGGAGGGAACCGGAGGAGCCGACGGCGACGGCAGAAAACAGGACAUCGGAGACAUUUUACAACAAAUCAUGACCAUUACUGACCAAAGUCUGGACGAAGCGCAGGCCAGGAAGCACGCGCUGAACUGUCACAGGAUGAAGCCCGCGCUCUUUAACGUUCUGUGUGAAAUAAAAGAAAAAACAGUGCUGAGUAUCCGCGGCGCCCAGGAAGAGGAGCCUCCCGAUGCCCAGCUCAUGAGACUGGACAACAUGCUGUUGGCUGAAGGAGUGUCGGGGCCAGAGAAAGGGGGCGGGUCAGCUGCGGCUGCAGCCGCUGCAGCAGCUUCAGGAGGAGCCGGAGCCGAUAACUCAGCCGAACACUCCGAUUACAGAGCCAAGCUCUCCCAGAUCCGUCAGAUUUACCACACCGAACUGGAGAAAUAUGAACAAGCAUGUAACGAGUUCACCACUCACGUGAUGAACCUGUUGCGAGAGCAGUCGCGCACACGGCCUAUCUCACCCAAAGAGAUCGAGCGCAUGGUCAGCAUCAUCCACCGCAAAUUCAGCUCCAUCCAGAUGCAGCUCAAGCAGAGCACCUGCGAGGCAGUCAUGAUCCUCCGCUCCCGCUUCCUCGAUGCCAGGAGGAAAAGACGAAACUUCAACAAACAGGCCACCGAGAUCCUGAACGAGUACUUCUACUCCCACCUAAGUAAUCCGUAUCCCAGCGAGGAGGCCAAGGAGGAACUGGCCAAGAAAUGCUCUAUCACUGUCUCCCAGGUGUCCAACUGGUUCGGAAACAAACGAAUCCGGUAUAAGAAGAACAUCGGAAAGUUCCAGGAGGAAGCCAACAUGUACGCAGCCAGAACUGCAGUGAAUGCGGCCAACGUGUCAGCUCACGGCAGCCAGGCAAAUUCCCCCUCCACCCCCAACUCAGCAGGUUCUGCUGGCUCUUUUAACAUGUCCAACUCUGGUGAUUUGUUUAUGAGUGUGCAGUCUAUGAAUGGCGAUUCAUACCAGGGGGCUCAAGUGGGAGCCAACGUGCAGUCGCAGGUGGAUACCCUUCGCCAUGUUAUCAGUCAGACAGGAGGAUACAGUGAUGGCCUCACAGCCAACCAGAUGUACAGUCCGCAGGGCAUCAAUGCUAAUGGUGGAUGGCAGGAUGCUACUACCCCCUCCUCAGUGACCUCACCCACAGAAGGACCCGGGAGUGUUCACUCUGACACCUCCAACUGAUCCCCGCAUCACCUCACUCCUUCUUGUUCCCUCACUACUGCACAAACCAUGGACUCUCUUUUUGUUCUGUCACUCGCAGUCGUUCAUCACUAGGUUUAAAUAAUGCACUCACUAGCUCACUAAGCUGGGUCUCUGCCAUGCUUUUGGAGUGAAUCAGUUUGUUUAACCCAAACACACACACACACACACACACACACACAUUUCUAUUCUCAAAUACAGCCCUCGAUUUGUAUUAACCCCUUCAGAUCUUUUUUUUUUUCUAUCCUCAAUUAUAAUUCAUUCUAAUUCUUCUUCACUAAAUCUCUGUCAGUCUUAAAUAGUAUUUUGAUGCAGCUCUUACAGUCAGUGGAUUGAAUGGGAAAAAAAAAAAUCCUUCAAACAAAAACCGAGCCAUUAGAAUGGAGAUGGGGUCUGAAGGGGUUAAUACGUAAGAUCACACUACCUCUUAGAUAAACAACAUAAACAACAAAUCAUAACAAUAAGCUGAUUUCUAGAACAGAAGCGAUGGGGCAUAUGAUGCCCCAUUUUCCACAUCGAAACCUUUUCACAUUUUUAUCAUGGUAAGAAACCGUGAACAUUUUCUGUGUCCAUAGUGCCAAAGUAUUUUUCUACAUUUUAACACUCAUGACUUGCAUGUUCAUUUGACGUGAUCAUAUCUUCAUGUUGUAAUAUAGGGACAUACUGUAUUAUAAAGACAUAUUUUGUAUCUCAGUCUCUCUCUCUCUCUCUCUCUCUCUGUUUCUCUCUCUCUCUCUCUCUCCGUCAUGUAACUUGAAAUUGAUUUUUAAUUAGGCUAUACAAACAUCGCUUGUCUUUGAUUCCUAAAAAACCUCUUUUCUUUAAAAAAAAACACAAAACAAACAAAAAAAACCAAAAAAAAACAAAAACAUUUUCGUUGCUUUCUGUGUAUAAUCUUCACCAGUGACAAUGCCGUAAAGGCUUUUUUUUUUUUUUUUCGCAAAUGAAGACGUUUGUAAUAUCUUUGUCAGUCACCUGACGACUAGGAGUUUAAGAUUCACCAGUUUACGUGAUUAAAAUUUAGAAACCCAACCGCAUCAGCUAAAGACGAGCCAAAUGCUGCUGUGAACCAAAAUUCCCUUCCGUAAUAAGAGGAAAGCGAUCUGGAAUAACUUUAAAGCUACUGUAUUUUACAGACUAUAAGAUGUUUUCAACCCUCUAGAUGGUGCUCCGAUUUCUUUGUUUUUAGGUUAACGUUAGACGGCUUACCCGAGAACGGUUAGCAUUAUGACUGACUGUACAAGUCUUGAUUCAUUUUAUGAAUAACUGUAAAACUGUGACACGAAUAGCAUAUGUUUCAUACAGGUAUCUGUUCUAUAUGACUGUAUGGUACACUACCAUUAGCUUGGUGCUAACAUAACAUUUUAACAAGAGGUAGCAAUAUUAUAGUGGCAGGACGGAUUCACGCGCCGAGUGCUAACCUACGGCAACACUGACAUGGCGAUUACAUAUUGAAGAGGGUGCAUCUUAUACUCCAGAGUGACUUAUAGUCCGGAAAAUACAGUAAAUUUGUCUAUGUGAUUGAUUUAGGAAAAAAAAUUUUUUUGUCCUUCUGAAUAACAUCCAGAAAACAGCAGAGGUCUUCACAGCUACAUAUAACUAAUCGGAUGAAUUCUAAUAAAUUUCAAUGUGUGACUGUUGCGAAGUCACCUUCUCGUUUACAUUUUUAUGCCAUUUUUCAUCCGAGAACCGAAUCACCCCAAUUGAGAACAACUGAACCUUGCUUUUAGUUUCUGGUCUUUCUUGGUGACAACAUAUCACAUACCUGUCAUUACUUUGAUACCAAAAAAAAAACAGCAGACAUGCCCAUUUUGUUUAUCCUCAUCAUUUGAACCAAUGUCCACGUUGUAAAUGAUGUAUUAUCUUCUGUAUCCGGGCUUGUUUCUUAGCGAAAGCCCCAGUUCUUCGUAUUCAAAACCAAAAAUGCAGUCCGAAUUCAGUAGUGUUUGUCGAAAGAAAACAUGGCACAAAAAUGCAGAAAACAUUUUGCGUAUAUUUUUACGUCGUCACGUUGUGAAUAUGCCUAAUGCGCUUUUCUUUUUUAGCUUCAGCUCUGUUACAUUUUUCCCCUUGUUUCCGUGUGUGUUCUUGCUUUAGCAUAAUGUGAAUUAGCCCAAGAAUGCGCUAUGUACGUAGAUGUGCACCUUUUUCUUCUUGUUUUGCUCUUUUGAACAGAGUAUAAAAACGAUACAUCUUGUGCUUCAUAUAAGCGUGAAUCGGGUCUCCAAUGGGCAGGCUGCGUCUUCGAGGAAUCUUUUAGGAUUCGAUGGACAUAUUAGAUAUGAUAUUCCGGAAAGAAGCAAAGUAGACAAGGCCGGGGCUUGUGGCCAAUUUAGAAUAAAGUGUAGAACUGCACACCGAUCUUAUCACACUGAAGAAACUCAAGUGUGUUGUGCAUCGCACAUCGAUUAUGAUUCUAUCGUGUUACUUGUAGCAAAUCAACAAAGCUUUUUGUCACAUUAAGCGCUGUAAUUUAUUUAGUUAGAUGCACCAUCCAUCACUAAGCCAUAUCAUGACAUUUUAUAAUGAGCUCCCAUUAAGAAAGAGGGCCCUUUAUUUCUGUGUGUCGAGAGUCCAGCACACUUUGCUGAUUUCCUGAUCUCUAAUACACCUGCUAAUGGGCUUUUAAAGGGAAAGUAUUGCCAAGAAGGAAAAUGUCAUUUUGUUUGGUCAAAUCAUCUAACUCUCCCAGACUCUGGACACACAGGGACACUCCUGUUUGGCUGCAGGAGACGGAGCGGUCAAGCCGUAGUAACCAGCUCCAUCAGCAUAGAUUAUUAUUCUAGCGGUGAUUAUUCUAUUAUUCCCUCCUCAAGAAAGCGUAACCGCAAGUGUUAGCGUAGACUAUUCACUUAGACGCACCAUCCAACGCCAAGCUAGAUAAGAUUCAAUAAUAAACAUCCGUGUUGAUUUGUUGUAACCCAGAGAGGCCUAACUGUAUGUCUGGAGUUUAACACGCCUUCUAAACCUCGGCUUCAGCCAAUGAGUCGACUCACCGUUUGUGUUUGAGCAAAACAAAAAAGUGCUGAACUCCAUCCAUUCACACACAAACACAAUUGGUCAAAUCUGGGUUGAAGAGUGAUGUAAUAACCCUGAACCCACCCACACACACACACACACACACACGCGUCUCAUCGCCUGCCCAGUUUCAGCGUAUUGUUGAAAGCUUCAUGUAAUGAUGCUUUUAGUUUUUUUGCAUAUGAAGCAAUUUGUAAAACAUCAAAUGUUUACUUUGUUGCAUGUCUUUUGUUCUUUAAAAAAAAUCCUGCAGUGUUUUUGAAUGUUUCUUUUUUUUUUUUCCUCCUCCUCCUCCUUUUUUUCUUUUUUCUUUUUUUUUUUUAAUAAAUAAACAAAUAAAUAAAUAUAUAUAAAUAAAUAUAUAUAUAUAAAGUGCGGAGACUUUCUCUUGCUGAGUUUUAACUUUUAAGAUCUCUGCAUAUGUAUAAUAAGGAAUACAACCGGAACAACAAAUUAUUGUCUUUUCGAUUCCAACUUGUUUUUGUGAAGGAAAAAAAACUAACAAGGUGUAGGUUUUCUGGUCUCUUAAUUUGUACUGGUAAUGCAUAUUCCAAAUAAAUAGUUUCUUUUGU